ACUACGUCUACUUCGAGAACUCCUCCAGCAACCCGUACCUGAUCCGCAGGAUUGAGGAGCUCAACAAGACGGCCAACGGGAACGUGGAGGCCAAGGUGGUGUGCUUCUACCGGCGGCGGGACAUCUCCAGCACCCUCAUCGCCCUGGCGGACAAGCACGCAACCCUGUCAGUCUGCUAUAAAGCCGGACCAGGGGCCGACAACGGCGAGGAAGGGGAGAUCGAAGAGGAAAUGGAGAACCCGGAAAUGGUGGACCUGCCCGAGAAGCUCAAGCACCAGCUGCGGCACCGGGAGCUGUUCCUGUCCCGGCAGCUGGAGUCCCUGCCCGCCACCCACAUCAGGGGCAAGUGCAGCGUCACUCUGCUCAACGAGACUGAGUCGCUCAAGUCCUACCUGGAGCGGGAGGAUUUCUUCUUCUACUCUCUCGUCUACGACCCGCAGCAGAAAACCCUCCUGGCGGAUAAAGGAGAGAUCCGAGUAGGAAACCGGUACCAGGCGGACAUCACCGACCUGCUGAAAGAAGGCGAGGAGGACGGCCGCGACCAGGCCAAGCUGGAGACCAAGGUGUGGGAGGCACACAACCCGCUCAUCGACAAGCAGAUCGACCAGUUCCUGGUGGUGGCCCGCUCUGUGGGCACCUUCGCUCGGGCCCUGGACUGCAGCAGCUCCGUCCGACAGCCCAGUCUGCACAUGAGCGCCGCGGCCGCCUCCCGGGACAUCACCCUGUUCCACGCCAUGGACACGCUUCACAGGAACAUCUACGACAUCUCCAAGGCCAUCUCAGCCCUGGUGCCGCAGGGCGGGCCGGUGCUCUGCAGGGACGAGAUGGAGGAGUGGUCUGCGUCAGAGGCCAACCUCUUCGAGGAAGCCCUGGAAAAAUACGGGAAGGAUUUCACAGACAUUCAGCAAGAUUUUCUCCCGUGGAAGUCACUCACCAGCAUCAUCGAGUACUACUACAUGUGGAAGACCACCGACAGAUACGUGCAGCAGAAACGCUUGAAGGCAGCCGAAGCGGAGAGCAAGCUGAAGCAAGUGUAUAUUCCCAACUAUAACAAGCCAAAUCCAAACCAGAUCAGCGUCAACAAUGUCAAGGCCGGCGUGGUGAACGGCACAGGGGCACCAGGCCAGAGCCCCGGGGCCGGCCGGGCCUGCGAGAGCUGUUACACCACACAGUCUUACCAGUGGUAUUCUUGGGGUCCCCCUAACAUGCAGUGUCGUCUCUGCGCAUCUUGUUGGACAUAUUGGAAGAAAUAUGGUGGCUUGAAAAUGCCAACCCGGUUAGAUGGAGAGAGGCCAGGACCAAACCGCAAUAACAUGAGUCCCCACGGCAUCCCAGCCCGGAGCAGCGGGAGCCCCAAGUUCGCCAUGAAGACGAGGCAGGCCUUCUACCUGCACACCACCAAGCUGACCAGGAUCGCUCGGCGCCUGUGCCGCGAGAUCCUGCGCCCGUGGCACGCCGCGCGGCACCCCUACACGCCCAUCAACAGCGCAGCCAUCAAGGCCGAGUGCACAGCCCGGCUGCCCGGAGCUUCCCAGAGCCCGCUGGUGCCGAGGCAGGCGGCGCGCAAGCCCCUGGACGCCGUGCUCCGGUACCUCGAGACCCAUCCCCGCCCCCCGAAGCCCGACCCCGUGAAGAGCGUGUCUGGCGUGCUCAGCGGCCUGACCCCCGCCAAGGCGGCGCCCGUCAUCAACAACGGCUCCCCCACCAUCCUGGGCAAGCGAAGCUACGAGCAGCACAACGGGGUGGACGGCAACAUGAAGAAGCGCCUCUUGAUGCCCAGUAGGGGUCUGGCAAACCACGGGCAGACGAGGCACAUGGGACCAAGCCGGAACCUGCUGCUCAACGGGAAGUCCUACCCCACCAAAGUGCGCCUCAUCCGCGGGGGCUCCCUGCCCCCCGUCAAGCGGCGGCGGAUGAACUGGAUCGACGCCCCGGAUGACGUGUUCUACAUGGCCACCGAGGAAACCAGGAAGAUCCGCAAGCUGCUCUCGUCCUCCGAAACCAAGCGCGCUGCCCGCCGGCCCUACAAGCCCAUCGCCCUGCGCCAGAGCCAGGCCCUGCCGCUGCGGCCGCCCGCGCCCGCGCCCGUCAACGACGAGCCCAUCGUCAUCGAGGACUAGGGGCCGCUGCCCCUCCCGGGCCGCCUGCCCUCCGCCAGCCCGGGGCGGCCCCUCCCCACCCGACCGCUGCCCGCCCUCCUCAGUUUGGUAGAGCCCCCCCCCCCCCCCCGCAGAGAAACUGCUCCUUCGGUGGACACGUGGACGCGUCAGGAGAGGAGAAGUGCGUUUAACUUAUUCCGAGAAUGCCGAGGAGUCGUUUUUAGCUUUGUGUUUACUUUUUGGCUGGAGCGGAGAAGAGGGGCCGCCCCGUGCCCCUGAGCUGCGGGGCCUCUCGCCCGGAGGCCGGGCCCCAAGGUUUCGUUGUGUUCUGUUGAAGGUGCCAUUUUAAAUUUUAUUUUUAUUACUUUUUUGUAGAUGAACUUGAGCUCUGUAACUUACACCUGGAAUGUUAGGACCGCGCUGCCCGGCGGGGUUGGCCCCUGUCUUUUCAAGUAAUUUUCAUAUUAAACAAAAACAAAGAAAAAAAUCUCAUAAAAAGAAAAAAAGCCAA